AUGUUCAGCAACAUAAGACAGACCGAAGAUGAGUCCAAGGGUCGUAUUAUCCGCGCCGGCAUCAUAGGAUGUGGUAUGGUCACGCAGGUUUUCCACAUUCCUACACUGAACUUUUUGUCGCACAUGUUUCACAUCACAAAUCUUUGGGAUGUCUCCCAUGAUGGUUUGAACAAUUACCAGCUCAGAACCGUGGGUGCCACAAAGCUGAAGGUCAUGCGGACUGCAUAA